GGCGGCGCCGCGGUGAGGAUGUGGCGGGCGUGACGCGAUUUGGUCCGCGUUGGAGCCGGGGCGGCUGUGACGUGGCAGAGCGAGCCAGCGGAGAGAGGAGACCAGCAGCCUGCCUUCCUUCCUUCCCUCCUUCCUUCCUCCUUCCCUCAGCGAGAGGCCGAGAGGAGGAAGAGGGCGACGUCGACAAGUGGAAGCAGCAGCAGCCGCAGCAGCAGGAGGAACUGAGGCCCAAGCCCGCCGCCUUCGCCUUCCCCCUCCUCCUCCUUCUGCGCCGCCGUCGCCAUGGGCCUCACCAUCUCCUCGCUCUUCUCGCGCCUCUUCGGCAAGAAGCAGAUGCGCAUCCUCAUGGUUGGUUUGGAUGCUGCUGGAAAAACCACAAUUCUGUAUAAGCUGAAGCUAGGAGAGAUUGUCACUACAAUUCCUACAAUUGGUUUUAAUGUGGAAACAGUAGAGUAUAAAAACAUCUGUUUCACUGUUUGGGAUGUUGGUGGUCAAGAUAAAAUUAGGCCACUCUGGAGGCAUUAUUUUCAGAACACACAGGGUCUCAUUUUUGUGGUAGAUAGCAACGAUAGAGAAAGAAUCCAGGAGGCUGCAGAAGAACUGCAAAAAAUGCUUCAGGAAGAUGAAUUGAGAGAUGCAGUGCUGCUUCUCUUUGCAAACAAACAAGACUUGCCAAAUGCCAUGGCAAUCAGUGAAAUGACAGAUAAACUAGGCCUUCAGUCCCUGCGUAACAGAACUUGGUAUGUUCAAGCUACCUGCGCCACACAAGGAACUGGUCUGUAUGAGGGACUUGACUGGCUGUCAAAUGAGCUAUCAAAACGCUAGCUGAAACUGGAUGACUUUCGCACCAGGGACAUGUUUGAUAUAAGUGGUCUAGGCUUGUUACAUCAAAAUUAGUUUGCAUCUUGGUUACUAUACAGUAUCUGGAACUGGUUUGGGCAGGAUAUUACAGCAUUUUGACUUAUUUUGUUGCCAAUUAUUGUUCACCAAGCUACAUGUUGCCAAGGUAACAAUAAGCUUGGGUUAAAAAAAACUCCUUAAUUUGGAAAAAAGUGUAUCUUCUGAUUUUUACUUUUACCGUUAGCCUAAAUGCCUGAAUAUAGUUGUGACUUUGGAAAUCUGUUCGAAUGCUUCUUGAGCCCCAAUUAAAUUAAGUAUGUUUUAAAAGAUUUUCCCCUGUCUUUAAGUUACUGAUAUUAUUUCAUUCCUUGAGACACUCUGCUGAUUUAAUCUAGCAUUCCAUUCAUAUUUAUUUCUCUUAUUAAAAAAAAACCCUUCCUAAUAUUCUUUGUUGGGAAAAUGCUCUAAAACACUAUUCAGAUCUUCUGCACUGAGGAACAUUUUAUUAACCCCUUGGGUUCUUCUGACCCACUUUUGCCUUGUGUCAGCUGAAUCUGGUUGGUAAAAUAUUUCUGUGCUGAAUGAAACAAGCUCCUUGAGAUUUUUUAAUAUUCAGCAGAUUGUCUUUCUUUAUAUUGUAUUUUUUGUUGCAUGUUGCUUUUUGGUAUCGGCCUGUUUUACCCAGUGUAUAGUAGUUCUGCUAAAGUUUAACUGUUUAUCGGUGAACAUAUCUUCAUGAAGACAGAUUUUGGAAAUUCUUCAGACUCAAUGGAUUAAUUUCUUCAUAACCUAUUCAGAUUUAUUCCUAAUAAAAUGUAUAGCUUUGUGUAUGCUCCUUGAAUUUUAAGUUUGUGGAACUGAUAAUAUGAAUGUGUGACAGAUUCUUUUUCAAUAAACAGGAGUUUUUUUCUGUA